AUGGCACCAAGAAUCAAGCUGGGCAUCUUAACCCCUUCAUCAAACACCAGCCUUGAGCCGCUCACUCAGGCCAUUGUCGCCUCCAUGCCUCAUGUCAGCGUACACUUCUCCCGGUUCACCGUGCUCAAGAUCGGCCUUGCCAGCGACGCGCUGAACCAGUUCCAAACCGAGAAGAUCCUCGCUGCUGCACAGCUCCUCGCCGAUGCCGAGGUGGACAUGAUUGGCUGGAGCGGCACCUCGUCUGGCUGGCUGGGCUUCGAUACCGAUGAGAAGCUGUGCGAGGAAAUCACGGCGGCUACGGGGAUCCCGGCCACGACAUCAGUGCUGGCGCUGAACAAGGCGAUGGAGCUGUUUGGCUUGAGGGAGCUUGGUCUUGUGACGCCUUAUACGGAUGACGUACAGGAACAGAUCAUAAAAACGUACAAGACUAUCAACAUCGACUGCAGCAAGGAGCGACACGUAGGGCUUUCCAAGAAUUCAUCUUUCGCAAAUAUCGACGAGCCAACUCUUGACGAGAUGGUGGCGGAUGUGGCUUCAAAGAAGGUACAGGCUAUUACCACUUUCUGCACCAACUUGAGAGCGGCACAGCGGGUGGCCUCCUGGGAGAAGGAGCACGGGAUUCCUGUGUUCGAUACCGUCGUGACAGUGAUAUGGGAUAUGCUUCGCCAGCUCAAGGUAGACAUGAAGCCACUGGAGCAAUCCUGGGGUAUGCUGUGUGCUAAAUCAUAA